AUGCCUUACUUCGUAGGAGAGCCAAGUCCCAAGGAAGGGCAACACCACAAUUCGAUCAAAGACCUUUGGGAGCUCAAAUGGAAGAAGAAGGCCACACUGGAGAUCUACCCAUUCAUGGAAGGAAAGCUUGAAGACUUCACCAGAGUCUUCAACCACUUCUACAAGCACAAUUUGACGCCUCCAUACAACUUUGAAGAAUAUGCAAAACCAUUCUUCCCUGUGGCAGAAGACCUUAUAAAGCGCGCAGAUGAAGCAGAGGCUUCAGGUGACCUCAAAUCAGCCUCGGCCCUGUACCUACGCGCAGCUUGUGUCUACAGAACAGCACGCCAACCUUGUCCUCAGUCGUCACUGCAGAACAUCGCUUGGGCACGUCAGAAGGAGACGUACUACAAGGGCGCAAAAUACCUCGAUCAGCCUAUCACAGAAGUUUUGAUCCCUCAUGUCCACGGGAAGCCUGGCACCUCUGAGGAGGGCAGCGUCAUUCCUGUCUCUGUCCGUCUCCCUAGCUCAGAGCCUGGUCGUCGUUUCCCGACAGUGAUGACAAUCUACGGCCUGGACGGUUACAGAACCGAACACACGGGCUCUUCCAGCAAUCACAUCUCACGAGGCUGGGCAUCUAUCGGGGUUGAGAUUCCUGGUACUGGAGACUGUCCCGCUGAUCCCAACGACCCUACGAGCCCUGAUCGUUUGUGGGACAGUGUUCUCGAUUGGGCUGAUCAACAGGACUGGAUUCAGAGAGACAAGUUCGUCCCUUGGGGUGUCAGCUGCGGUGGGUACUAUGCUAUGCGCAUCGCUCAUACACACAAAGAGCGUCUUACCGCUGUAGUUGCCCAAGGAGGUGGCUGUCAUCUUAUGUAUGACCCUGAAUGGCUCAAUGUGGCGUCGCACAUGGAGUAUCCAUUCGAUCUGACGCAGGUACUGGCUUUGAAGUUUGGGUAUGCCAAUGUCGAAGACAUGAAGCGUGAUUCCAUGGAAAGAUUUUCUCUGCUUGUGAACGGUAUCAUGGAUAAGCCAUCCUGCAGGCUCCUUCUGGUCAAUGGUAUGCUUGACGAACUCUUCCCAAUCGAGGACAGCCAGCUCAUGCUUCAGCAUGGUAGUGCAAAAGAAGCUCGCUUCUUCGCUGGCAUCAAGCACAUGGGGGAACCUCACGCUCGGCCUUUCAUCACAGAGUGGAUAGAUGAGUUGUUCAAGUCCAAGAUGUAA